AUGCGGCUGGCUCUGCUGGCCACUGGCAUUUACAGCUGCAUUCACGGGGUGCACAUUGAAGAAAAGAAGAAGUCUCCAGACUUCAAUCUGACCGGAUCCCAGAGCAACAUGUUAAAACUCCUUCGGUCAGCCAAAAACAUUUCCAACUUGUCCAACGUGAACUCCUCAAGAAUGGAUUCCCCCAAAAGAGCUGCUGACUUCAUUCAAAGAGGAUCCCUCAUCAUGGACAUGGUUUCAGAUAAGGGAAACUUGAUAUAUUCAGACAACAGGUCCUUUCAGGGGAAAGACAGCAUUUUUGGGGACAACAUGAAUGAACUGCAAACCUUCGUGGCCAACAGGCACAAGGAUAGCCUCAACAACUACGUGUUCCAGGGCCAGCACCCUCUGACUCUCAAUGAGUCUAACCCUAACACGGUGGAGGUGGCCGUGAGCACGGAACCCAAAGGGAACUCCAGGCCCCGGCAGCUUUGGAAGAAAUCCAUGGAAUCUCUACGCCAAGAUUCGCUGACCCAGAACCCAGUCUCCCAGAGGGAUGAGGGAACCGUGGAGAACAGGAGCUACUCCCUAAAGAGUCCUAGGUACCUUCCAGAAGAGGUGGCCCACUCGGACAUCUCAGAAACUUCGAGCCGGGCCACGUGCCACCGGGAGCCUGACAACAGUAAGAACCACAAGGCCAAGGACAACUUCAGAAGGUCAGUGGCCUCCAAAUACCCCAAGGACUGCAGCGAGGUCGAGCGCUCCUACCUGAAAACCAAAGCGAGCUCCCCCAGGGACAAGAUCUACACCAUUGAUGGGGAGAAGGAACCCAGUUUCCACCUCGAUCCUCCCCAGUUUGUCGAAAACAUGGCCCUUCCCGAGAACGUGGACUUCUCCAAUGUCUACCAGGACCAUGGUGACAGUUUCCGCAAGGGGGACUCCACACUGCCCAUGAACAGGAGCCCCCUGCACAAUGAAGAUGGGCUCCCCAACAACGACCAGUAUAAACUCUACUCCAAGCACUUCACCUUGAAAGACAAGAGUUCCCCUCACAGCGAGGGCAGCGACCGGUACCGGCAGAACUCCACGCACUGCAGGAGCUGCCUGUCCAACCUGCCCACCUAUUCAGGCCACUUCACCAUGAGGUCCCCCUUCAAAUGCGACUCCUGCCUGCGGAUGGGGAACCUCUAUGACAUUGACGAAGACCAGAUGCUUCAGGAGACAGGUAACCCAGCUACCCAGGAGGAGGUCUACCAGCAGGACUGGGCACAGAACAGCGCCCUCCAGUUCCAAAAGAACAAGCUGAGGAUUAGCCGGCAGCAUUCCUACGAUAACAUCCUCGACAAACCCAGGGAGGUGGACCUUAGCAGGCCCUCCCGGAGCAUAAGCCUCAAGGACAGGGAGCGGCUUCUGGAGGGAAACUUGUACGGGAGUCUCUUUAGUGUCCCCGCAAGCAAACUCUCAGGGAACAAAGGCUCCCUUUUCCCCCAGGGUCUGGAGGUCAGCAAACGGAGCAAGUCUCUCUUGCCAGACCACACCUCCGAUAACCCUUUCCUCCACUCCUACGGGGAUGACCAACGCUUAGUUAUUGGGAGGUGCCCCUCGGACCCUUAUAAACACUCGCUGCCAUCCCAGGCAGUGAAUGACAGCUAUCUCCAAUCGUCCUUGAGGUCGACGGCAUCAUACUGUUCCAGGGACAGUAGAGGCCACAGCGAUGUGUAUAUUUCGGAGCAUGUUAUGCCUUAUGCUGCAAAUAAGAAUAAAAUGUACUCUGCCCCCAGGGUUUUAAAUUCCUGCAGCAAUAGACGCGUGUACAAGAAAAUGCCUAGUAUUGAAUCCGAUGUUUAA